AUGUCGUCCGAACUCCCCCGCAACUUUUCCACCGACAGCGCCCGGCCGCAUACGCCGCCCUCUACCAGACCCUCCAUAUCCGUGCUGUCGUCCAAACAAGACGACUACCCUGAAGAUCACCCCAGCCCGACAUCUGAUGAAGUCGAUCGGGCGGUGUGGGCGGGAGCAUCGGACUCUGACCUGGACGAUUCCACCGACGAUUCGACGCCGCACCCGAGCACUCGCGCGCCGUCCCGGUCCGCCACCACGCGUACCAAGUCCAAGAAGUCGAUCUUCUCCUCAAUCUUCUCAAAGUUCGCUAAGACUGGCAAGCGUUUUGGCUUCGUACCAAACAGCAAGGAGGAACAAGACAGAAAUGUGCUCCAACAUCAGAUCAUCGCCGAACUCUUCGAUGGUAGACUCCACCUUGCCCCGGUCGUGAAGGCCAGGGCCGUUCUGGACAUUGGCACUGGGCCAGGGUUAUGGGCAUUAGAAUACGGCAAGUUCCUCAUGUUGGCCUUCAAGGCCUCCUGA